AUGCGGCAGAAUGUGGAGCGCAAGAAAAAUAAAGCGAAGAAAAUGAACGGAAAGGCGAAGAGCGCAGCAGUGGCGCAGCAGAAAAAGCCGACGAAGAUGACUACAAAGAAGAUGAAAAACCAAAAGCCGACGAAAAGGAAAAAAAGCGGGGGGAAGUUGGACCGCGAGGACGCCUUCGACCCACUGCAGCUCAAGCUGGAAGAAGAGAUGGAUAAUCCGUUCGCUGUGAACGGGCUCAUCAUGGAAAAAAACAAGCAGAAGAGCAACUUGCUCAAGCAGAACGGGAAGAUCAUGGAAAAGAACAAGCAGAGCAACACCAUCAGCACGUCGUCGGGGGCUACUAGUAGCAAAAGCAAACUGACGCUGUAGCGAGAACAAAGUCGCGCGAGUUCUUGCGCUGUUUGAACAGGCCCGGUUUCCCCUUCAGCUACAUCAUCCUUCGGAGAUCCUUCCCUCGGCCACCGAGCGCGACACUCUUCUGAUCCGGUGCAACAACAUCCGUGCCGUUGCAAUCAGGAGAGGCGCAAUUCUACUAUGCCGAUAGUACUCAGGCGACGCCAAAAGUGCUGUCGCAGUGCGAGGUCGUGCGUAAAAUACUACAAGGUCGCAUAAUUUUCUUACUUCUACCAAUUUCAAAUUCAAAAGGAAAAACGAAAGUAGUCAAUGCUUCCAACGUCGAUGAAGCCAAUGAAAGCAGCGAUUGUCUGAAGAUCGCCAUAAUAACAGUCAAAAAUCAAAUCCAUAUUGUUGAAACUUCUGUAAAAGUUGGGUCGUGCGUACGUAGUAAUAGAAGUACUUCAAACUCUUGUACAUCUGAUGAAUGUUUUGGGCAUAGGAACAUCGGAAAAUGUGAGUUGCG